AUGCACGGGAACGGGAAACCAGACUCCUCGGUCAUGUACUUUUGUGACGCCGAGGUCAAGGCGGGCCGUGGCGGCAUGGGAGAGCUGUCCAUGUCCGGCCCGAGAGAUCUAAAUCCCCUGCCGGUCCAUGCGCCCGUAAAGGGUUCUAUGGGCUCGAGUUGA